CGUUCGAGCUCGCUACAGACGCUUAAUAGCCUUUUUUUUAAUUAUACACAUCUCCUAUUUCUCUUUAUAUUAUUUUGUUCCGAGACCCCAUUAUAUUCUUAACAUUUAGAAAAAAUGGCUGACACAAAAGUCGAUACCAGCUCGGAAGUCUCCGCAAAGGACCUUAAAGAAAAGAAGCAGGUUGAGGAGGCAGAAAACGGAAAGGAUGCCCCUGCUAAUGGAAAUGCCGAAAAUGAGGAGAAUGGAGAUCCAGAAAAUGAAGUAGAUGAGGAAGAUGAUGAUGUGGCUGAAGAAGAUGAGGAAGAUGAUGGCGAAGGUGAUGAUGAUGAUGAUGAAGAUGAUGAGGCUGAGGGUGGCACAGGAAAAAGAGCAGCCGAGGAUGAUGAUGAUGAUGAUGAGGAUGAUGUUGAAACCAAGAAGCAAAAGACUGAUGUGUAAGAAGCUACUCUGCUGGAAAUCUUCUCAUCCCUCCUUUCCUUAACUCGUCCACCGGGGGAGGAAAAACAUGGUCAUCAUCAAGUAGAGUCCAGCAUCCGUGUACACGCACCUAACUGCAGAUUUUGUAGAAACAACCAAGACUUCAAAGCUCUACCUUCUUACAAAAUACUUUAAAAGGAAAAAUUUGUUUGUAUUUUUAUUUACAUUUUAUAUUUUUGUACAUAUUGUUAGGAGGUCAGCCAUUUUUGACAGUGAUCUCUGGUUACCAAACGGUGCUUUGAAGUUGAUGCUUCUGAAAUAGAUUUUACUUGUGGUUUGACCAUGUCAUGUUAUCUCAAAAGAAACUUGUAAAAAACCAAGCAAAAAAAGAAAUGAAAAAUUGCAGAAAACCAUGAAAAAAAAAACAUUAAUUCAAAGCAUUCCAGUAACUUUGUGUAUGUACAUCAGUUGUAUCAUACGUAGUUGGAUUGUAUGAGAGGGCAAGGCCAAAAGAAAAGAAUUUUCUUCUUUUCUUUCUUGUCUAUUAAAUUGCUAUCUAUUUGUGGCCUGUUUGAUGUAUGUGUGAAAUUUGUUGUGCGACAAUAAACCGAAAUUUAUUUUGUGA